AUGGGAGAUCGUUUAGAGUCAACUUCCAAAAGUAGACCAAACAAAGAGGUAACCUGCUAUGAAUAUAAAGAACCAGGACACUACAGAAAUGAAUGUCCAAAGCUCAAGAAAGAUAGUUCCAGAAAAGAAGGAUCCAAUAAAAACUCCUUCAAAACUAAGAAGGGGCUCCUGGAAACCUGGGAUGACUCUAAAUCUAACGCCUCAGAAACAGACUCUAAAGAGGAACAGGUAAAUGUUGCAUUCAUAGAUACCAUAUCUGGAAGUUCAUCCGAAAGAGAAUCUGACUCUGAAGAGUCAGAUCCAAGGGAAUCUCACUUAACUGCUGUUAAGAGAAUACUAAGGUAUCUUAAAGGAACACCUAACUUAGGCCUGAUGUAUAAGAAAACAUCAAAGUAUAGGCUUUCUGGGUAUUAUGAUGCAGAUUACGAUGGAGACAGAUUGGAAUGCAAAAGCACAUAUGGGAACUGUCAGUUUCUAGGAGGAAACUUCAUCCCAUGGGCUAGAAAAAGGCAAGCUGAGGAGAGGAUAAAGGCUCAUUUGGUUAGAGAAGUUGAAGAGAAAGCAUGCCAUAAAGCUGAAGAAAAGGCAAGAUUGGAAGCUGAAGAGAAAGCGAGAAAGGAAGUUGAAGAAAAAGCUGUUGAAGUUGAAGCUAAAGCCAAGGUUGAUGCUGAAGAAGCAGCAUGUAUGCUACAGAAGAAGCUGCUAAGGCAAAAGAAGUUGAUCUGA